CCAGGCCUCCUGAGUCACGGUGGGUGAUUCCAGGGAGGGAAUGCUUCGGGAAUGUCUCAGGCUCUUCAGUCUGAUGUCCCUGCUCUCUGCACAUCCAUGUGCAUCCCCGUGUGCUGGCAGGGACCUGUUGAUUUGCUCCUGUUUACUUCUCUGUCUCUCUGGUGGCUUUUGGGGAGGUGCAAAUGGGGAAAGAAGAGGAUUUUUAAAAUUUAAUCGAGGUCAGGCUGGCAGAACUUGAGCAUUGGGACAAGAGGAGGAAAUCUCCACGCUGCAGCCCCGUUUUCCUGGGUGGGGCUUGGGCAGGAUGCCGUCAGGAGAGGGAGGAUGGACUAUGCCGGAUUAAGCUCCCUGCUCCAUCUCAGGACUGACCUCCAAAAGUCUGACCUUCACAGGUUUCACCUUCAGUGUUUUCCAGCUGUCCUUUCUCAGCCACAACACCAACAUCUAACCCUGUGAUAUUGUGGUAGGGUGGGGAAAGAAAUCCCAAUUCCCCCCUAAAAAUGCAUUUUCAUCCCGCUGCAUCCAUCCCCUCCCCUGGCAGGCUGCUGGGAUGCAGGGCUGGAGAACACCAUGGCACAUUGUCCCCAUCCUGGAUCAGGUGUUGGGCUGGCAGAUGGGGUGGAGGGAGGGAUGGAGCUCCCUGAGCAGGGAUUUCCAUGCUGGAAGAGCUUUGGCCAUCCUUCCCCAGAUGCUUUCCAGCUUUCUGCUGGGAAGGAGAAUGCCCUGGUGUUGCUGCACAAGGUAAGGGGUAGGUUUUACCCCAGAGAAUGUGGGACCCUCCCUGGAAGGUCACUGCCUCGUGUGGAAUUGGCCCCUUGUCUGCCUGCAGCGGCUUCUUAGAUUUCAGCUGCAGAGCAACAGUUUUCAGGCUGAUGCCUGCAGAUCCAGGGGCUGCCAGAUUCCAGACCCAGCUCUGCAUGUGAGGAAUCGCUUCCAGAAAUCUUUCUGCUGGCCCCAGCUGAGCCACAAAGGGGGUGAUGCUGCAUCAGGCAGAAGGGAUGGAUUUAGGAUGCCCAUAAACUGGGGAGGGAUGUUGAAUUUGCUGCUGCUUCCUGCAGUGGUUGGGGCUAUUUCACUGUGUCACAUAUAUCCCUCAUCCUUUUUUGCUUGUGGGUAUUGAAUUUGGGGUACAACAGCAAGAUCUAUCAGAAAGGGAAUCAGCCUCCUCAAGCUGGGGACUGGCUUGUGGCUGCUUGGGGAGCAGCACCCCAAUUUAGAAGCAUCUGCCUUCUUCCCAAGGCUUUUCCCAAGUGCUGGCAGGCCUGGGAUAAGGAGCAGGGCUUUGUGGUGGGAAGGAAUGAGUGUUUACCAUUUUCCAAGAGGCAGGGAAUGUUUACUGACCCUGUCAGGUUAUCCCUGAGCUGGCACCACAGGCCCAGAGCUGAGCAGGGAACCAAGACAAGCCCCAUGGCCCCAGCCAGGGUGUUGCUGGGAUUGAAUUUUUGGCUCUGGGAGGGUUGGAAAAACAUUAUAAAGAAAUGAACUGAGUGUGUUUGCAAAAGUCAAAACAGGAGGAGUUGCCCAGGGUAGGGUUCAGGAUGCACCCAGAUCCCUGUGAGGUGUCACACUCAUGGGUUAAGGCUCCUGUUGCUGUGGUGUCUCCCAAAGUGUUCCCCAUUAUUGCUCCGGUGCUUUGAUCCAGUGUCCUGACAAAUAGCUGCCGUGGGAAAAAAAAAAGUCAUCCUGGCUGAGAAGCCUUUCCUUUGUGCCCUGAAUUUCUGUCUUGGGGUGAGGGAUGCCUAGCCCUGCCAGAGAGAGGCUCAAGAUCUAACACCUUGUGGUUUUUGAAGGGUAAAAGCUACAGUUUUGCUCUGCUACAAAAAAAUGAAAGUAUGCAGGGGAAAAGAGAAUUUUAUUUUGUAUCUGAGGGGGAGUUCAAACCCAAGAUUAAAGUUAGAUUAGGACAGCAAAUUGAGGUGCUCUGAACUCUGUUUUAGGGGCCUGGGGACUGUGUUGGGACCUUGAGGAGCCAGGCUUUGCAGCAGGGUAUUUCCAACCCAGCCUCAGCUACGUAUUUCCAGAUUCCGUUGAAUUCUGGAAAUUAUUUUGCUGUAAGAUGUGUCUGAGAGUGCAAGCUGUAUGGGGGAGGCUGGUGGCAUUUGAGGGGCCUUGCCAGGUGUGACUUCUGCUGCUGAUAGCAGGCCAGGGCCGUGCCAGCUGUGACUCAGAACCCACCCCUAGGGAGUCAGUUGGAGCACGUGGCUGGAGACAAAAUCUUCUCUCUCCCACCGCUGCUUGGCAGUGCCUGGUUUUUGCUGUGCACAUGGCUGUAUACAAACAGGGUUUCUUACCAGGGUAGGUUGGAGCUGUGUUUGGGGUUAAACCCCUCCAAAAGAACACAGGUUGAGCCCCUGGCAGGAGUGUGGUGUGUCUGCAAUGCUGCCUCCAUCUCUCAGAGAAUAAAAUGUCUGCCACGUCCAUCCCAGGAGCUCUUUGGGGACAGGAUGUGUGUGGCUUGCAGAGGUGACGCUCAGCUCAGAGCUUGUCGUCUGCAGAGGUUGUGGUGUAGAAAAAGACCAUUUAUGUCCUGUUCCUGGGCUCUUUCUGGUGGGGAGACUGAAGUGCUGUGUCACCUGUGUGGGCAGCAUGGCUGGGCAGCCUCCCAAGAGGACAUUGGCAACGGUGUCACACCUCUGUGCUGCUGGUGGCCCAGGAUCUGCAUCCCAGAGCCCUUCCCUUUGCAAAUGGAGGGCAAAGCUGCCUUUACUGGGCUACAGGAACCCGCCCUGUUCCCUGACCUCACCUUGGUGCCAGGUACAGCCCAAUCUCUGAGUGUGGAUGCCUUGCCCAGCCUGGAGAGAGGGGACAUGGCUUGGUGGCACUGGGAGCCAGGAAGGGGUGUCCUGGCCGCACUCUGGGGGCUGUGGGGGUGGCAGGUACAGAUUUUUGGUCACUGCCAGCACCAGCUGGACCACUGAGGAGCACGGUGGGGCUCUGAGCAGCUGCGGGAAUUGCCGCAGCCAUGGAGCAGAGGCUUGGCUGGCAGAUCUCCCCCCGUGGCAGCGAUUUGAGGCUGCUGCCACUGCUAAAAUACUUCCAGCAUCUGACACUCUCCAUAACAAGAUUCAAAGGGCUUGUUUGAGAGGGAAAUGUUUAAUCCAGGGAUAGGGGGAGGGAUGUGGGGAGUAACAAACAACAGAUUGGGAAAAGGAGUCAUAAAUAUCUCAUCAGAGUGAAGUGGGUCAGCAGUGUUUGCUGUGAGUAGGUGCUGCUGUCUCUGAGGGUUGGAUUUGGGAGGGCUGGGAAGCACAGGCUCCUGUACAGUCUGUCCCUGGCUGUGCAGCACUGAGGCCGUUUAGAAGCAUCUGUGACAAGUGACUCUGCUGGCGUGGGGUUUGCGUUGCGUUGUGUCACGUUUGCCGUGCGUUGCGUCAGGAGCUGGGGGCUGAAAUAGCCUGGAAGGGAGCUAAAAAUCCUCCUUGGGGAGCUGCUCAUGGCAGCUGAGAGAGCACAGGCUCCUUAUGUAAAGCUGCUUUAAUAUUUAUGGUAAUAUCAGAGGUGGUGCAUUACCUCAUCCAUCUUCGCUGCACUUCUUGGGCAUGGGGAAUGGCUUAGUCACUACUCUGCUGACCUUCUCUGGGUGCUUGCUUGGCAUCUCCCUGCCUUUAACGCAUUUGUUCCCACAGCAGAUCAGAAAAAGGGAGAAAUGCUGGUUUUCCCCAUUGGGAAUGGGGAGUUGAAGCACCGGGAAUGCUGCUCAGCUGCAGGAGGGAACUGCACACAAAUCCUUCCAGCCCUGACAGAUCACUCCACGUGUGGCAGAGGGGACAGGCACAGACCCCCCCAAGGACACGUCCCAAAGGACAGGGUGGUUCAAGCUGCAUUCCUUAGGGGUUAGAUGAAAACAUGGAGGAGAGUGGGAUGGUGAGAGUGCUGGGAAAGGAGCUCCCUCUGCUGUGCCAGAGCCACCUUUGUUGCCAGCUGCUGUUUCCUUAGAGAGAGCAAGGGUCUGUCUGUCCUGUGCACGAGGGAAUGAGUGCCUUUCUUCCAGACAGGCAGGAGUGACAAAGAAAGGAAGAGGAGAUUAGGGGAUGUGGGGGAGGAUUUGAAGAUAAGGUGUUUCCUGCCAUCUUUGGCUCUUUCUGCACAGCAUUGCUCCAGGUCAGAUGUGGUCAGUAGCUGUUUCCAAGAUGGAUGUUUCCAACUGGAGGACACCUGGAGUGUAGGGAUGGACCUUUGUUGCAGAAUAAAUCCUGAUACAUAACCACACUGUGCUGUUAAAUCCUUCCUUGCUGCCAGUCUCAGUGCGGCAGUCAAGGAUCUGAUGGAAAUGAGUUGCUUUUCAUGACAGAGGGAAAAACCCUGUGGAUGAGCUUCCCACUGCACCCCAGACCCACACCCUGGAGCAGCUCCUUUCUCUUGCAAAGUGACUGACUUUUCCUUCCAAAUGGAAGCAGUAGGAGAGGAUGAGAGGAUUUGGAGCUGGGAUGGGGCUGGUCCCUGCAGAGGGAAGGGGUCAUGCUGAUGGAGCUGUGCUGUGGCUCAGAUUUGGAGCUGGGAUGGGGCUGGUCCCUGCAGAGGGAAGGGGCCAUGCUGAUGGAGCUGAGCUGUGGCUCAGAUUUGGAGCUGGGAUGGGGCUGGUCCCUGCAGAGGGAAGGGGCCAUGCUGAUGGAGCUGAGCUGUGGCUCAGCUUAGCAAUGACUCAUCCGCUGCGCUCGGUGCAGGAUUGAUGCAGCUUUCAUCUGUGCAUGCAGGAGACAGAUGAAUAGAUGUGUUUGGUGAUUUGCUGGGAUUUGAGACAGGAAAAGUGCCCUUCAGGGAGCCAAGGGAAGCUGCUCCUCUGCUGGCCUGUUGCUCCAGUGGAGGGCAGCUUGUUGCUCUGGGUGAGUCUGACUGCACUGACCUUGAGAGCAUCCCAGGGGAGCUGUGGCGUUUGUGUGCCAAUCUUUGCAGCAGCAGCAAUUUGGAAGGCUUUCCUUUUCCUUUUUCUCCUUGAUCAUCCCUGGUUUUAUUAUGCCAGCUCCCUCUUCCCAGCCUGGGAAAGAGCUGGUUAGCUGCUGGCAAUGGGAACCUUCCAGAAAGGGUGCUGAUUGUUAAACAGAAAUAGCGUGCAGCAGGGAAAAGGGAGGGAAUGAUGCCUGUCUCCCACAAAAUCUGAUUCCCGAGUGCUGCUGCCUGUGUAGGAGGCAGAGAGGGAUCUGGAAGGGGGAGGAAUGGGUAGACAGACAGAGACAGCAGCUGACAAAAGGGAGGACUAAAAAGAUGUGAGGAGCUAUAAAGAAGAAAGCAAAGGUAGGAAAAUGUGUCAUUAAAGAAAAUCUUGGUGUGAUGGAAUGAGGGAAGAGGAGGAGACAAAGGAAUGCGGGAACCCUCACAUGCAGGCUGUUUUUUGAAAUAAGGGAAAGCACUUCUUUCUUCAGUCUGGGGGGGAGAGAGGUGCUUAAAGAUGAGCCCAUGGUCAUCCUUGGAAGUACAGGAUGGAGAGGAGAGAUGAUUCCCAAGGUAGGGAGCUAAGAGCACACAGAAGAGGGUUAAGUACUGGGAUGGAAGAGGAUGUGUUGCUAAGGGUACCCAGGAGCCAGAGAGGAGCCAGGCCAGAGGGUCUGGAGAGGUGCUGGGUGAUCCUGUGGCUACUUGUGGUGAUGGAAAACCACAGACAAAGCCCUUUUAUGCGGGCACUUAAGAACUUCCAAUAUUGAUUUUUGGCUUAGUUUGGUUUCUACAUAUUUUAAAACCUUUUCUAAGCUGUGUGAUGGGUUUGUGUUGCUUUUAGUGGAAAUGCACUUAGAAUCAGGAAAUUCUGUUUGUGUCAAUGCAGGGCAUGGCGGCAGGACAAAGCUCCUGGCUCCAUGGCUCCAAGCAAAACCAGCCUUUGUGCCCCCAGGAAUCUGGAUCAGUGAGGGGUGUGGAUAAACCUUGAGGUGCCUGGGCUGUGCAGGGUCCCCAUUUCUCAGCAAGAGGGUGAGUUUGCCCUCCCUGAUUUACCUCACGAUCUCCAUAGGCUGCACAUGAUUUUCCUAGAGAAAGAGCAGAGGUUUAAUGCUUGGCCCAUGUGCUGUCACCACACGAGUGUCAGAGUGUGUGAGUGGCCCCCAGUUAACAGAUAUCAAAGCGACAAAGAGGGAAAAUUAAUAUUUAUGCCACGAUUAAUCUGACCCUCCCUGCUUUAACCUGUGAGCCCGCUUCAGUUGUGGGUUCCACUUACUAUUUCUUUGUGUCUCAUUGUACCAGCUUGAAAAAAAAAAAAAGGGUAAAUUGGUCCCAAACCAAAGCAGCAGAGUCCUGGGAGUGACUGUGUGCAGCCUCAGCUCUGGAUUUAUGUAGGAUUUGUGCUGACAUAGCAGUAUGGAUGCUCUCUGGAAGCAUAGGAAAAGGUGAGUCAGGUGAUAUCUACAGAAAUAUUACAGAAAGAGCACUGAGAGGAAAAUAUUCUUGCACUUGGCCAGGCCCUUGUUUCCCUCCCACGCCCCAAGCCACAGUGAGGUCUGAAGCUGGGUGAGCAUCCGGGGUGGUGUUUGUGUGGUACAGGAUGCCCAGAUGUCUGAUACACACUCAGCAAGCUGUGAGGGAGGCACAGUUUGGGCUUUCCAAAAGGGUUUAGUUUCCCAGACUAGGGAAUGCAAGCACUGUCCAGCUGCAGUCAAUGAGAAAUAUGGGGUUUUAUGGUCACCAAGCCUAGUGCAGAGUGAGGAACUGGGCUGAAGAUCCUUGUGGGUCCCUUCCAACUUAGGAUAUUCUGUGAGAGUUGUGGAAUUCCAUGAUUUUGGUGCUGCAGUUCCCUCAGUCUGCUCUAGCUGACUGGCACUGCUGCAGCUCGUGGCCCCCAAGCAAUGGCUGGCAAGGGAGAGCAGAGGAGGGAGGUGUUUCCAUCUUAUACUUAGGAGCCAUAAGGUGUUGCUCAGCUUUGCUCUAGUCCCAAACCUGUAAUUUCUGUGAGAUUUCCUCCAUUCCUGCCUAAAUGGAGAUGAAAGCCCCAUGUUUGUCAGCCUCUUUCCCAGCAGAGUCAGCAGCACAGGUCAUUGGUGCAGUCCUGGGACUUUGUUCCUGUCAUUAGAGGAGUGAUCUGCCCUCUGAGACACUGUGGAAGGAACCUUUGCUGGCUGAGGUUUCUGAGGAGCCUCUUCAGCUCUUGAUCCAGACAAUGAGCUCUGAUUUCACUGAGCAGGCAGAAAGCUCCUGGCAGGUUCCUGGCAGGCCUGAAGGUCAGCAGGGAGCCAGCAAUGCCAGCAGCUCAGAUCUGAUGCUGCCUCUGGUUACUCUUUAUUUCCCGAGCUCGGGGCUGAUGUGGUGCUGAACUGCCAGAGCCUGGUGGCAAAAUGCCCAGUGCAUUGUCCUCUCCUCCCAUCACAGGGACGUGCAGCCACAGGAGCUCCAUCCUCAGCUCACCCUGCCCUGCCAGCUUUGUGGGGUGAGGUUGUUGUGGUAGGUUUUCAUCUCCCCAAAGCCCACUUUGUCCCUUUGCUGAAUUCCUGGGGUGCAGCCCUGCUGUUCACCACUUCCACCAGUUCCCUGGGGAAUACAGCCCCAGCUGACCACCAGCAUCCUGUUUGGCUCCAUGGGCAAGUCCAGCAAACCCUGAAAGGAGAUGACAGGACUGACAUGUCUCUGUCACCAAGAGAUCCAGCUCUGCAGUAAAUCCAUGCAGUCAAUUCUCUGUUUUGCACCAGCUGAGGGUCUGGCACUUCGUUUUGGUGUUGCUCCACCAAAAGGCUGGCAGAAAUAAUCCCUUUAUCUCUGAUAUCAUGAGAACUGAGAAACUAAUGCUGGUUUUCCUGCAGUACCCAUCUGGAGGGAGAGUAUCAUACAAGAUCACAUUUUAAAUGCUUCCUAAGUGGACCUGGCAAUAGUGCUGCAAAAGGGAGGGUGGAGGGUGAGACAGGCUCCAUCCAUCUGCUUUCCCAUGGAACAAAGUGUUCUCUCCUUACCCAAAAGGAUUUGGAAGGGUGAGCAAAGGCAAAGUAAGGUUUAUUUGGUUGGAUGUGAGUUUGUCAUCACUGACAAAUGGCGUCACACACAGCCAGGAUGGAUUUGGACUAUGGAUGCCCAGAAGUGGCAGCCAUAGAUGACAGUCAGUCCAACUUGUUUGAUGUGCCUGUUCGAUAUUAGGAAAAAAAACCCUUCCUUGUGAGGGUGCUGAGGCACUGGCACACACUGACCAGAGAAGCUGUGGCUGCCCCAUCCCUGGAAGUGUCCGAGGCCAGGCUGUACAGGGCUUGGAGCCCUCUGAUCCAGUGGAAGGUGUCCCUGCUUGUGGCAUGAUCAAGGUGCUGUACCAUGUCCAGGUAGGACACUGCCAGCGUAACAAGCGUCCCAAGUCAGCCGCUCCCAGGCCUUGAGCUCGGGUGGCUCCUCUGCUUCCUGCAGCAGCCGGGCGAGGGAGAAGAGCUGGGAUAGCCCCACGUAUCCAGUCGCUGCCCACUGCACCCCUAGCAUGGAUUCCAAAGGCAACGUCCGAAGCGGAAACAAACCCGACGCCAAGGCCGCCAGCUCCGGGAAGCCGGAAAAGCCCAACCCUGGGCCUGCCACGAAUGCAGACAAGAAGGAGGCCCCCAAAGAGCAGCCUGCUCCUGCCACGGCCACCAAGAAGGCAGGCGGCGACGCUGCCAUCGCCAACAACCACAGCAACCUGAAACCCAGCCCCGCCGCCACGGAGACGCAGGAGGCCAGCGGGCAGUCCCCUGACUCUGACCACAAGGGAAACAGCUCCGAGGAGUCCCCGGGCAGCUUCUUCGACAACAUGAAGCCCUUGAUCAUCGUGGGAGGAGUGGCAGUGGCUGCGCUGGCUGUGAUUGUGGGAGUGGCAUUCCUAGCCCGGAAAAAAUGAAGACCGAGACGGGGUGGGGAUGAGAAACCCAGCCCAGCUGUACAGCUCCUUUUGAGACAAAUGCAUGCAGAGAAAUUCUAUACAUAGCUAUAUAUAUAGAGAGCGAGCUAGAUAGGUCAACAACAAACACCAACUGCAACUCUAGGGUCUUGUUCAAGACGACUGUGGCAGUCUGACCCGCUGUGGGUAACUCCAUGCACUCAGUGUGUUCUUUCAUGUAAUAUAUCUUGGCUUAUAUCGCUGUGUAUAGAUUACAGCUUCUCCUGAUCGGUGUAAAUGACGGUGUCCCCUCCCCUCCCCUGCUGUCCUCCCUGGGAGACACCCCCCCCUCCCCCACUUGCAGUCCCGUUUUCAAGUCCAAAGUGUUCUACGUCCCAUUCGGAGUCCCAGUUUGUGUUUUGGUUUCUGUUUGGUUCUGUUUUAACUUGGGCUGUGGUAAAGAAGAUGGAAGGGGAGUGCUAAGGCCGGGCUCUCCUGUCAUGCUGGGCUGGGGGUGUUUUUCCAGCGCCUCCCCCAGGACAAGGGAAGCACAGGGGCAGUGGCAGGGGAGAGGCAGCUCCCUGACCCAAGAGCCACAAGCAAUCCCUAAUCGGUGUCUGUGUAUCUGCCCCUCAUCAUCAUCCCACCCUGGAACAGCCGCCUGGGAAGUGCUCCAGAGGAACCAGGGCAGCUGUGGCGUGGCAGAGCCGAGUGUGAGCCUGGGAUGUCACAUCAGGUCACUCUUCUGGCUGAGCUGCCAGCGGGACAGUGACCAGAGGGGCUGUGCUGUGGCCCAGAGAAAUCCCAUUGCAGCCUUCAGGAUCCCAGGGCUCGCCAGGGUCACGUGGGCAGCAUUUGGAAUAGAGAGACUUUGUUUUGGAUCUAGUAUUUCCUAAAGUUAGGCUGGGCUUUGCAGGGUACUGUGGGCUCAGUCCAAGCUCCCUCGAGGUUGGCUGGACUAUUUGUGUUCAUUUUUUGGGGCUUUGGAUAAGGCCUUUCACUGGAUUUUUUCCCCACUGAAGGCUGUGGUCUCUCAGCACAUGGGAAGACAGGAAAAGGGGGACACAUGAGCUGGUGUUAGGGGCAGAGAGGACCUGGGACCCCAUGAGAGUAACACUAACCUACCUGGUUUAUACCAGGGAAACCCCCUUCAAGGGCACUGGAGUCUGUCCUGGGUGGAUUUCUUGCCUCCCUCUUGUGACAGUAGUGGCAGGGAAUUGUAACUCGUCCACACUUUGGAAAUGGAAACAAAUUCUCAGCCCUCAGGAGCAGCCUGAUUUCAUGGGUGAGUACCUUGGCUCUAAAGCCAGACCUUGUGAGGGGGAGGAGAGAGGGUGUUUAGUGCUUUGGGUUAGGCUCAGCACUAACCAGCAAGGGGUGAGGAGCUCUGCCUCUGAAAGCUGCCGUUAGGCUUCUGUGGGCUGCUGCAAAGCAGUGUUACAAAAAUCCCUUACAUUUUGGGUUGAAGUCGGGUCAGGGAUUAGAUGAGGUCCAAUGGGAGCUCGGCAGCAGCCAGAGCCCGUGGGCAGGGCAGGAGUGAGGAUUAGAAAGGAGCAGUGGCACAGUGGGUGGGGUGAGCUCUGUUACAGAGCCCAUCGUGCACCUUUAACUGAGAUAGGUGGAUGGAUUCAGGGGCUGCAGGGAGCGAGGGAGGUGUGCAUUCCUCAGGUGCUGCCUAUGCAGUGUCUGCCUCUGGCACAGUCCCUGGAUGGAUGGGGGGGAUAUAACCUGACCUGGCAGUUCUGCUCUUGGCUCGUGUCUGUCUUAUUUACCUCCAAAUCUGACCUGCUGAAUGCACGUGGUCUUGGAAUGCAUGGCUACUCCUGUGGUGAGCUCAGAAAAUAUUCCCAAAGGUGUAUGGCCUCUGGGAAUAUCAGACACUGUGUUCCGGUGCAGCUGGAAGUUGAUGCCUCCACCUUUGCCAGCAGAGAGACAGGGGCAGGCGUGUUGGGCUCACGGGAGUUUUGGGAAGCAGGGCUACAGCUCCAGGUGAGAUCCUGGUAGCCUAAAACACUCUUGGCAUGAGCUGUGGAUGUAUUCCCAGCAGCAGUGUGUCACUUACAGCCUGGGGAAGGGUUAGAAGCAGGAGGGUCCUCCUCUCCCCUCAGAAGCACAACUUUGCAGGGAAAUUUUCACAGGGAGUUUUGCUAACGUUGCUCAGAAGGAAGGGAAAUCACCCCCUCCUGCUCUGGUUCAUGCUUUGCCACGUAGGGUAGUGAUUUUCAGACAGUGAUUUCUGUUUUCAAGAGAUGUUUCCACCUUUCCUGCCCCCUCCCUCCCUCUCAGCUCUGGCCUAGGAUUGUUUUCAGCAGUGUGUGCGUUAGGCACAGCACCUCUCUAUUCUGCCCUGACCAGCACAGAUCCAUUGGGCGAGGAAAGUGAAGCACCUGCUCCACUCGAGUCUCCAGCUUUCCCUUCUAAAAUGUUUUUAUUUCCUUGUCUUCACCUUUGGCAACAGAAGAGGGGAAAAACAGUUCUCAGCCAAUGGCCUUAACCUUUUCUGCAUCUCCAAACCCUGCCUGCCCUUAGAGCACUCGGAUGCAAAGCCACCAAUUCCACCCAGAAGCACCACGGAGGUGGUGAUGGGGCUGCAGCUCCUCAUCAGGCACGCCGCUCAUUCGAGCCCUCCCUGCUUGGCAAACCUGGUAUGUUCUGUUUGUGAGGGGGUUUUGAACGGGGUCUGUCCUGUUCCCAAGGGAUUUUCCACUUCCUGUGAUCAGUCUGCUGUCGAGGUUCAGCACCUGGACCCCACCUCUUUGGCAGUGUGGUUUGGAAAACACCUGUCUGUGUCUGUGUGUGUGUGCCUUGAAGCACAUCCCGUGUGUGUGUGUGUGUGUGUGUGUGUGUGUGUGUACAAACCUUUGUGUUGCAUUGCUGCAGUCUGGGAGGGGGAGAGAAUCCCAGCUGGAGAUGCCCCUUCCUUUGUCCCCUGCAUUCACACCAAGUGUCCAUGAUGUCUUUUCUGUGCCAUUCCCACCACGCCAUGCAGCUCCUGAAUUCCUUUCCAGUCCUGGUUUCUCCUCAGUGCAAGGGAUGUCUGGCUGGUGAAGUGCUGAGUGUGUGGUGUGCUCGGAGCCCCGAGCCCCUGCUCCCCCCCGGGUAGUCCUGUGGGCUCUUUGCUUUAAAAUGAGGCACUUUUAGACCAUCCUGGACUGUGCUGUAGCGCUUUUCCAAGUGUGGCUCUAGUGCUGAGCCGGGCAGAUCCAGCGUAGAUGCCGCAGCGCGCCGCAGCCCUGACUUGCAAACAGCUCCUGUCCUGCCUUACUGUGCCAGGCUGUGCAGUGCUUUUGUUCUGAGCCAAAAAUGUCCAGCGAGCACCAGGCCGAGGGAGCAAAUCCCCCUCUCUCAGCCCCAAACCUGUGGAAGCAGAAGGCUUUAAUGACUGACCUCGCUGUGCUAAAUAAAUAGUUGUCUUUUCUCGUA